UUUUUUAAAGAUAAAAUUGUUUAGAGCCACAGUUGUCUGUUUUCCUUCUUUUAUGGGGUUCUGGGGGAAGGGAAAGUGCAUAUUAGCCUUUGACCAGUGCGGCCUGGGUUAACCUUUGGGUGGGUGCGACUAUUCCUAUACUGAUUACCCAGAGUCCUGGCACCUGUGCCAGGCCUGGAUGUCAUUUCCGGCCUACACUGCAGUCUUUAAAGGUUUCAACUGUGGACUGGGGUUAGAGGUAUCGCCAACAGGUGCUACUGGGGCGCUGCGUGUGUGCCAGCCAGGGGCCAUACUUUGCUUCCAGUUCCGGUUUCCCUGGCUGGGCUCAGGGAGGGAGGGGAGAUGCUUCGGGUUGCCUUCCUGCGUCUCCGUCACACAAUUGCUGCUGCUGGCACCAUGACUGGAGUGCCUACAGUCUCGUUCUCUGAACUCCGUUCACUCCUAGCCUCAGGCAGGGCCCGGCUCUUCGAUGUUCGAUCUCGGGAGGAGGCAGAAGCUGGUACCAUCCCCGGGGCACUCAACAUCCCUGUGUCUGAGCUGGAAACCGCCUUGACCAUGGACCCAGCUGCUUUCCAAGCCUUGUACAGUGCUGAGAAGCCAAAGCUUGAAGACAAGAAUCUUGUUUUCUUCUGUCAGAUGGGCAAGCGGGGCUUCCAGGCCACAGAGCUGGCACAGGGUCUUGGAUAUACAGGGGCUCGACACUAUGCUGGGGCCUAUAAGGAAUGGCUGGAGAAAGAGGGCUAGGUGGAAGGCUCCGUGGUUGUGACCCUGCUUGUGACCGACCACCUUGCUGGGUUGGGCAAGUCUCUG